UCCUCUGGGCCCGGACGCCAGCCCUGGCCCUCCGGUCUCCUGCAGCGGAGCCUCCCGGAGGGCCCGGGAACCCCGGGGACUGCCGUGAACCCCGAGCGCCCGGUGCCCGUCCGCCCCGCGGCCUGUGCGCCCGAGCACCGCCCACCGCGCCCGCUUCCGCUUCCCGGGCAGGCUCCGCCCCCCCGCCCGCCGCUCCAAGCCCAGCGGGCCGCCCGCCCCGGGGCUGUCCCUCGGGGGGGGGGGGGCGGGGUGGAGGCCGGCCUGCGGCCCACGUGGGGGUGGAGCGGCCACCCCCGUCCCCAAGGCCCGGGCGACUUCGGGAGGCCGGAGCCUGAGCAGGACGCGGACGGGUGGCGGGACAUGAGGUGGCUGUCAUAAGCUUCAGGGAGUUGCCUGCGACGGAGCCCAGCAGAGGAGGGGGCAAACAUGAAGUCCAACCCUGCCAUCCAAGCAACCAUCGACCUCACCGCAGGGGCCGCAGGGGGCACGGCGUGUGUGCUGACCGGGCAGCCCUUCGACACCAUGAAGGUGAAGAUGCAGACCUUCCCCGACCUGUACAGGGGCCUCACUGACUGCUGCCUGAAGACCUACUCCCAGGUGGGCUUCCGGGGCUUCUACAAGGGGACCGGCCCCGCGCUCAUCGCCAACAUCGCCGAGAACUCGGUCCUCUUCCUGUGCUACGGCUUCUGCCAGCAGGCGGUGCGGAAGGUGGCGGGCCUGGACAAGCAGGCCAAGCUCAGCGACCUGCAGAACGCGGCCGCCGGUUCCUUCGCCUCCGCGUUCGCCGCGCUGGUGCUCUGCCCCACUGAGCUGGUGAAGUGCCGGCUGCAGACCAUGUACGAGAUGGAGACGUCGGGGAAGAUUGCCAGCAGCCAGAACACAGUCUGGUCUGUCGUGAAGAGCAUCCUCAGGAAGGAUGGCCCCUUGGGCUUCUACCACGGACUCUCCAGCACUUUACUCCGAGAAGUACCAGGCUAUUUCUUAUUCUUCGGAGGCUACGAGCUGAGCCGAUCGUUUUUUGCGUCAGGGAGAUCAAAAGAUGAGCUAGGUCCUGUCCCUCUGAUGUUGAGUGGUGGAGUUGGUGGCAUCUGCCUCUGGCUUGCUGUUUACCCAGUGGAUUGUAUUAAGUCUAGAAUUCAAGUUCUGUCCAUGUCUGGAAAACAGGGCGGAUUUAUUGGAACCUGCAUAAGCAUCGUGAAGAAUGAAGGAAUACUGGCCUUAUACUCUGGGCUGAAGCCCACCAUGAUCCGAGCAUUCCCGGCCAAUGGGGCGCUGUUCCUGGCCUACGAGUACAGCAGGAAGUUGAUGAUGAGCCAGUUCGAAGCAGACUGAAGCGUCCUGGUGGGCCCAGCCCCAAGGCCGGGUGUUGGAGGACUGCAGUUCAUCUCAGGGCCGCCUGGAGUACACGACCCACGUGCAGUUGUUUUGAUUUCAGAGCAUUCUGUUGUUGCCUUCCAUUCCUCUACCCUAAAUGUUGAACUGUACAGAAGGACCUCUAUUCUACACCAUUUAAUUUCUGCCCAUAAUUGUACUGCGAUAGAAAAGUUGCUGCUCUUGUCCGUGGUAGGACCUACAGGGUGAGUCUGGCCUCUGUACCUAACUUGAAAAGAUAAGUACAGCUCUGUCCGGGAUUUUGCACGACUGGACGCACACACGCAGUUUGGAUGCUGUGUGUUGCGAACGAGUCACCAUUUCGUUUCCUGCUUAAUCUCAGAUCACACCAGAAAAACCCAGAGGCAGCCGCGUUUCGUGAAGAUGUUUAUCCGUGAUUACCCCUUCUAGAUGUAGGGUCUCUCUUCAAAUCUGCGUAACACAUACUUGCUCUAUACCAAGUGGUGAAAGUUUUAAAAAGGGUUCCUAUGGUGCUUGCAAACCAAAUAGCUAGAUUUUAAAGAGGUGACUGUACCUGCAUCCUGACGCAGCUUCCAUGUUUCUGAUUCACGUCUCAGAGGGGCCUCCUGGAUUUUUCCAAGAGGCGCUGCCGGCAGAACUGUGCCGUUCACUUUCUGGGUGGGGUCCUCUUUGACUCUCUGACAUACCCUUGGGCUCUGGCCCGAGCAUCAAGCCCUCAGAAGCCCCAUGGCCUUCACCUGUACCAGCUUCCUUCUCUCCAAAGAGCUUCUCCUCAGCCUGGCCCUAGGGUAAGGGAAGGCCUGGGUGCAGUGGCCGCACUGCUGUGCUCUGUGUUGACCUUGUGGCCAACACCAGCCCUUGGCUUCUGUCUCUGGGUCCUGGCCUGGGUGGGAUUCCAGAGCAUUCCGUUGGGCCCUGUGGAUCCCUCACUCAUUGCCUCCACCCAUUGGAAACCCACCCAGGGGGUAGAGUGCCAAAGCCAGGAGAAGCCCUUGUCCCCUGUCUGGUGAUGGAGUGGCAGUGCUCGUGGGUGGAGUCUUCCCCUCAGAACCAGACCUGACAUAGUGCGUGCCUGCCACCGAGACUCGCGUCAGGGCUGACCCACUCAAGUUUCCCUCCGGGUCCGGAACUCCUUCAUCGUGCUUCUCACAGCGUGGAGCCUCGCACACUCGGUACCGGCCGUCAGUGAGUUGUAAGGAUGACUGUAGAUGCCGUGUGACUUCAUAAGCAACAAAACAAGAACAGUAACUGAGUAAGCUGUGCCGUGUGUGUACUAUCACAACAACAGAAACCCGCGUAUCUCUGACGCCCACAGAUGUCAGAGCUUGGGGAUGGGCUACACGCCCAAGUGGAUCCUCAUCCAAACAGGCUAGAAAUGAAGCGACGUAGGAAAUGAGACCGGCUUCCGGCAGGAAGCCAACUGCCAUGGGCCCAUGGUCGCCCGUGUCAGCACUGUCCUCCUGUGUCCGCCUGUAAAGGGCUAACGAAGUGUCUUCCCUGAGGCAGGGGAGAGGAGUGGGAGUGAGGCAAGGGCAGUCGGGGGAAGCGUUUGUCAUUCUCCGUGACUCAUGGUUCCGUAUUUGCGUCUCAUUUGUACCAUUUCAGAUCUGUACUCCAGACAAAAAUAGAGUAACUUGAAAUGCUGUGUUUAGAGAAAUUCUGAUUCUACAUCAUUAAAUUAUUUGCCUAA